CAUGGAUACACUGUUGUCAAAUUUAAGUUUAGGUUUAGAGAAUCAUGCCAGAAUCGACACCACUGACUAUUCAGGGGAAAAAUACAUAUGAAAAUAAAUACCUAAUUUCUAGAGAACUUUUCUUCAAUAUUCAUUAUUAAAAUAAAUCUGUAUCUCUUUACUUUUCUAAAAAUUAGCCAAUAAUAUAAUCAUAAAAAAUAAUGAUAACAUUUUGCCAGAAAUACCACUAUUACAACGAUUAUUAGGCGUUGAUAUAAAUUCCAAUACACAAAUACUGUUGUUGAAAAAAUCUAAAAGAGUAUUAAAUUACCUAAUUUGGUCACACUUGGUUUUGACAUUGACGUAUUAUGACAGGGGUGAUGACAGGUUCCUCCACUUGACAAGCUUGAUGUUAUCGUUUAGAAAUGUACCUAAUUAGAGAAAAUUAUGCAUAACUUCACGAUCAAAGUUCUGAAACCUCAUAUAAGUUCAAAAAUAGUAAUUUGAAUCAGAAAAUUAUGAUGAUUUCUUCUGCUUCCUUUUCUUUGACUUUUGAAAUUAAGUUCUCAUCGUCAUAUCAUAAUUAUAAUCGAAAAUCACUUUCAUCGAUUUUGUGAAUAGUUGUUAUAGCAACCAAGGUCAAACAAACGCGGCAAAAAUAUGUUUCAAAAGUGGCAAGUGUGAAUGAAAUUGAUAAAUUAUAUAUUUUUCUGGAUUAUAGUCUUUUAUAUUAUUAUUUAACGUAACUCAAAUAAGAGAAAUGAACAUUCGGUUGCCAUAGUUAAGGUGUAUCCAAGUUAUACUAACCCGCUUCGCUCUCAUGGCGCAACAAUGGCACAUAAACAAAAUGGGCAUGAAUACGCGACGAAAGACAGGGAAAUACCGUUCUGGCUUGAGGACAUUACCAAGGAGAUGAAAGAAACCCACAUAAGCGAAUUAUCUCCACUAGAAGACGCACAACAUAACAUAAAUUACCUUAAAGAGGAAAACCUUAGGUUGACUCGAAGGACAUCAUUGGAUACCACGUUGGAUUUGAUAUCAAAGCCGAAGAUACAAAAUACGGCACAUUCUGCAGGCACACUACGUCACAAUCAUACUAAAGGAUAUAAUCAAAACGGCCGAUGGAAAUAUAGAAAUAACAAACUUGAUUGGGGUCACUCUUCAACUGCUAGUUCUAAUGAUUUCUUAUCGGACCUAUUACCUCAUUACGUGACUCCGAGACACAGAGGCAGAGUUAAUAAUAUGGGAGAUGACGAUUUUCAUGAUGUCAUCUUAGGACCCCGUCUUCAAGAAAAUAAUAAAGUAAGAAAAAAAGUUUAUCCGAAAGAGGGUUCUGUAAACUCUCAACAAAAUGACGGUAACAGGAGAGCAUCUUUCAAAAAUUUCACAAAAAAACCAACGUCGUUGGGGUCGGUGUCGAGUGGUAAAAGUGGUAAAUCUACACAAAAGGAGAAGUCAACUAACGAAUUCGUCAUCCCCGAACUUCCUGAGGGCAGACUUUUAGAAUUAAAAAUAUACGCUAAUUGGGGUGAUAGAUACUUAGUCGGUUUAAAUGGAAUCGAAUUAUUUGACACGAAUGGGAAGUCCGUGCAAAUUGAAAAGAUAUGGACAGAUUCAGAUACGGGUGACCAGACUAACCACGGUCGAGCGGAGAAUAUCGUGGAUGGGGUCGUACGCACGCGCGAUGAAAGGCAUGCGUGGACUGCGCCCGCGCCUCGCACCCUGCCCAUCGCACUCAGCGUGCUGUUAGCCAAUACAACGAGACUCGCUCUGCUGAGGAUAUGGAAUUAUAACAAAUCCCGAAUAUAUUCUACUCGAGGACUACGCUUGGUUCAAAUAAAACUGGAUGACCAAAUAAUUUUCCAAGGAGAAAUCGCGCGCUCCAGCGGUGAACUGAAAGGCCCUCUGCAAAGUUUUGGAGACACAAUCCUAUUUACUAGAGAUCCUGACAUCCUUGAAUCUGUUAUGGUCAACGACAAGAAUUUCCAAGCCUUGCUGAAAGAUAAUGAACCAGUGAACGAAACGACAACUCUAGAUCGUCCUCCCACAGCUAAUGACUACAAUCAUAACAUGAGUCCUGAAGAGCUUUUACAAUCGUUAGACAAUGAAGAGAACGAAACCAAAUAUAUUGCCAAACAGAUUAAAUUGACGCUCAUGUCAAAUUGGGGACAACGACAUCUGAUCGGUCUUACUGGGAUAGAAAUAAUGUGCUACAAUGAACCGAUCACUGUGUACCGAGCGUACGCGUACUGCUCGUAUAUAAACGACGAACAAACGCCGGACCGUAGCGACCUCAUCGAAUGCAAGAGCCUGUUCUCUGGCCGUAACAUCACCACUGACUUCGAGGACAUGUGGUGUACGAGCUUCGAGCCCGGCGUGAAGUUCUGCCACAUAGUCAUGGAGCUGAGGGAGCCUAUGGAAAUCACUAGCAUUCGAAUAUGGAACUACAACGCCAACCUGGAGCUGUCGUACAUGGGCUGCAAGCACGUGCGCGUGUGGGUGGAGGGGGCGGCGCUGCACUGGCGGCCGGCGCUGCUGCGGCGCGCGCCCGGCGACACCUGCUACGACUACGUGCACCAGCUGCAUCUAGCCGCCUUGGAUGACAGGCUCGAGGACGCGAAGGAUUCGGACAGCUUUCACAUGGACUGGCUAGUCUACGGCAGCGGGUUGAACGCCGGCACGCCCACCGGCUUCGUGCUGCAGAUCAGCAUAUUCUCUACAUGGGGUGACCCCUACUACGUAGGCUUGACUGGGGUCGAGCUGUAUGAUACUAGGGGUGAAAUCAUACCGCUCACGGAGACUAACGUGUGCGCGCACCCGGCGAGCGUGAACGUAUUAUCAGCGCGCGCGCAAGACGUGCGCACUCCCGACAAACUGAUCGACGGACAUAACGCGCGCGCGCACGACCCCGCGCACUCCUGGCUCGCGCCCCUGCUGCCCGCCACGCUCAACAGGGUCUUUUUCGUGUUUGACGUUCCGGUCUCGGUUUACGGUAUGAAGAUAUGGAACUACGGGAAGACACCCACGAGAGGCGUAAAGGAAUUCGCCGUGUUGAUGGACGACUUGUUGAUAUACAACGGAACGCUGGACUGUGCCAAAGCUGACGAAAUUAUAACGCCGCAAUGGAUUUGUUUACAAAACCAGGACCAGGAUAAUGUGUCUCCGAGUUCAUCGGACAUGAGCAAUCGUACGACAACGAGAGGGUCGCUCGAGUGCGCGGACCAAUCGGCGCGCCCGCACACCAGCGUCAACAACGCGCGUACGCAGCGACCGCACUAAAAUGUUCAACUACCGACAUUAACUAUAAACAAUCAAAGUAUAAAAUCUCUCAUCGAGGAAAAUAUUUUUAAAUUUCCUUUUUUGAUGUUGUCCUAUUGUAUUUUAAUUUUAUGUACACAAUUUACCUCGGGAUUUAAUAAGAGUUGCAGCGAAUUUCAACCUGUAUGUAACCAACGGAGCGUCCUCAUCCUAGUCAAAUAACUUACAGAUUUGUGCUCUCUAAGCGACUAUAGGCUUAGAGCGCUAUAGAUUAUAGUGACUGCUAUCAAAUAGCUACUUUUUAUUUAUUAAAAAUUCGAAAUAGAGCUCAUUGUUCGAACAUAAUAGACUCGAGUGUUAUACGAAAUGUGAAGAGUGCCCCAGUAUAGUGUUUUAGAGAGAGAUGGCAUGAGGUCAGAGUUAGACAACUAGUGUAUUUUGAUGUUUAACAUUACGAAGUUGGGAUCACGUAGUAUUUCUCUUUAAUCGUUACAUAGUUGUUGCUAAUCUACUUAUUAAAAAUAUAAGAGGAUGAAAACUUGAAAGUUUAUUUAAUAGUAGAGGAAUUAACUUUGUAGAUGUCAAGAAGUCCUAAAUGAAAGAGCAGUGUAUUGAAUCUGUUAUUGUAAAAUCAGUUAAAUAAUAAACAAUUUCAAAUGUAGUUAUAUCCAAAUCAAGUAUAAGCAAAAAUACGAUCACUGCUUUAAUAAUAAAAUAAUAGAUUUGUAAACAUUACGAAUUUAAAGCAAAGUAAAUUAACAAUUACAUCUUCUAUUUUUAUUAAAAAUUUAGGUUUAGGUGAAACUUAUGGUAUAAUAUAAAUUUUUGAGCACAACAGAUCUAAUAAAAUCCGGUUAUAAUGGAAUGCAAAUAUGCUGCGGGAUUUAUUCAUAAAGUUUAUUAAUUACGUAGACUGCACAUGCGCCAAAUAGAUUAUUUUAUGACCUUGUUACUGUUCAUUCGAUCAAAUAUGUUUAGAGAAGAAAACAGAAAAUAAUAUGUGCUAUAAAAUAGUUUUAAAAAUAAAUUGUUGUUGUUCAAUUAUUUAUUUAUUGUAUGAGCCGUGUACUCGUGAAUUCUAGUCAAAUUUAUGUAGUCAUAUUGUAAUCGUGUAAUAAUAUUACUUUUGUACCAGAAUUAAAGGAGUUUCUAAAUAUAUUCAUAACUUGUUUUUUUAUUGUCUUAGGUCCGUAUUACAGAAUGACAACUAAGUGUUGAUCUUU